AUGAUGGUACCUUGGAAGGUCAGCGCCAUAGCAGCACUCUGGCUAGGUGCUACGGCAGUCGGUGCAAACCUUGAACAAGAAACCUCCUCUGGUGCGGCCGUGUUCACGCACCCAGUCUAUCCAAGAAUUCUUGUUCCAAGGCAAGAACAAGAGAUACCCGCUGAUGACCGCAAUCCCCCACCUCCCAUCGUCCCCAAUCCUCAGCCAAAUCAGCCUGGAGGCCCAAACACUCCUGUCCCAGCUCCUGAGCCAGAAACCACGGCUGAACCCAACAAUCCUCCCCCUCCAGCUACAACGAUAGCAGCACCCGAGCCAGAGAACCCUCCUGCUCCAGUUACGACACAGAAACCUGAUGAACCAGAGGAUCCAAAGACCACUGAUGGCGCUCCAGUACCUGUGCCCGUACCGGUUCCAGUUCCCAACAAACCGGAUGAUCCUAAGAACCCUGACGAUCCGAAAAAGCCUGAUGAUCCCAAGAAGCCCGAUGACCCUAAGACCCCAGACCUUCCUGAUAUCCCCGAUGUCCCUAAGGUCCCGGACGUUCCUAAGGUUCCUGACAAUCCCGACGACCCCAAAGAACCUGACAGCCCUCAAGAUCCCAAGGACCCUGCAAAGCCUGACGACCCCAAGAAUCCCGAUGACCCUGAAGACCCGAAGGAUCCCGAAAAUCCAGACCCCAAGGACCCUGAGAACCCCGAUCCCAAAGAUCCAGAGAAUCCUGAUCCUAAGGACCCCGAAGAUCCCAAGGACCCCCAAGACCCUCAAGAUCCCAAUGAACCAGAUGAUUGUGAGAAAAAGGAACCAGCACCAUGCACAAAGACCGUUUCCUUCUACUCAGAAAGUGAGACAUACACCAGGCAAAUCUAUAGUACCGUCUACGUGACAUGCCCUGUACCCAUCGACUGCCCAGCCAAACAGACCCCCACCAUCACCACCAGCAUCUUCCCCGAGGAGUCAGUCCUCUUCGGCGAAGUACCAGCCGACAACGAGGCCAUUCCAACAAUGGAAGCCAUCGAAGACGACACCUCUCGUUACUUCCAACAGGUCUUUGACGAUGAAAAUAUCUCGAUCAACGAUGCUCAACACCCGGAUGUUCAGUGCCAACAACAAAGUAGCGACGAUGUUCCUCGCGAUUGCUUCAUGUCCAUCUACUCCAAGUUCUGCGCCGAUGUCAAUGGACAUGAGAGCGAUGAGCUGAGCAAGAACCUCACUGGAGCUGACGCUGAGAGCGGAUCUCAAGAGAAGCGUACGUCGCUCAAUCUCAGAAGACAUAUGCUCCGAGAACGAGCUGAGUCUUGUGAGGGCUGGGUGUUCGAAUACGACUGGAGCGGCGCAAAGGGCGAUUGCCAGAUUCCUUGCGGUGAUUCUAUGUACGCUUUUGGAGAUGAGUGCUUUGACUCCGAGAACAGCUUUCUUGAGGGUACCAUUGAUGUAGGAUGCGGCACAUACAAGUACACCGCUAUGCCUACCACCUCAACAACAGCACCGCCAUUUCACUUGACCGGCCUCCCAACUCUUACCGACGUUCCGGGACCUAUCUCUACUCCUGACGGUAGCUCGUGCGCCGAGACAGCGACUAACACACAGUGUGCGCAGGGCGGCGGUGGUAGAGGUCAAGCAUGCGUUGAGAACACAUACUGCGCAUCUUGGGUCUCGACCAAGCCUACUGAAGCUCCAGCACCACCGGAAGAGAAGAUCACACCUUUGGAACUGGGACCAGUGUUCUGUAAGAACAGAGGCGGUGAUCAUAAGGACGUCAGCCCAGGCGCGGUGAAGUCUUUAGCGGAUGCGUACUGCGAGGCGAACCUGCCUGUCGAUAUGAAGCCCGACAGUCCUGCCGCUGGAAUUACGAAGAGCGACCUGUAUUACUACGAGGUUUCGUGGGUUGAGGGAUGCAAGACGACCGUGGAGUCACAGGAUCCGUAUACGCCACUUGGAAAUGAUGGCCCGCUUUGCAAAGAUCUGUUUGUCAAGGCUUAUGCAGGCUGUGAUAAUGGCGGUAUUGGAGGAUACAUCGAUGCGGGUUGUGUACGAUACAUGUUCCUUGGCGCUCAGUAG